GCAUAAUUCUGUAUUUUAUCAAGGAACUCGUUCACCACAAGGACAAUCGCAGCGCCUACAUCCAUCCAAUCUAUUGAUGAGAUAUCCUUAUACUUUUCGACUGUGGCCAGGACUCGGGGGCUGUGUAAGUGUUGAAGGAUCUGUUGUUGUUGCGUCAACUGGUGUUGUUGUUGCUGAUGAUGGUACUGUGUCAGCUGGGCUCGCAGCAGGAGGUGGAACUGUUUCAGCUAAUCUCCUUCAAGCAUGUGUCGUUGUGAUUGCUGUUGUUGUUGAGCGUGUAGCAAUACCAGGUGUUGCUGGGGGCAGAGCCCUGAGCGCCCUUGCACAGGGUCCUGCACGCCGUGCUGCAUUUGUUGUUGUGCAAGGGCCUGGCAUUCCAGCUCCCUUUGUGUUUGCAGAUGCAACUGGCGUUGCUGUUCCGCUUGGGUUCGAAGUAUUUGCUGUUGGUGUUGCAACUGCUGCUGCUGUUGCUCUUGGUCUUGUUGAGCAUACUGCAGUUGUUGUUGCAUUUGUGGCUGCUGUCCCUGAACCGUUAACGACUGCAUCUGCAGCUGGCACUGGCUUUCCACCUGAGCAUGUUGUGGAUCUUGUUGCUGCAUCGAGAUGUCGAAUUGUUCCCGUCCCUGGUGCAGUUGGUGUUGCAUCUGGAGCUGCAUUUGACGUUUUUCUUCCUGGAGUUGUGUUUGCAAAUGCAUCCGGUGUUGCUGUUGCGCUUGGGCUUGCAACACUUGCUGUUGGUGUUGCUCUUGCUCUUGUUGGGCACCCUGCAGUUGUUGUUGCAUUUGUGACUGCUGUUCCUGAGGCGUUAGCAACAGCAUCCGCGGUUGGCACUGGGUUUCCUCCCGAGCUUGCUGUGAGUCUUGGAGGCGCAGUUGUUGUUCCAUCUGCAACUGCGUUUGGCUUUGUUCCUGCUGCGUUUGAGUAUGUUGCAGUUCCUGAUGUUGUGUUUGCAAAUGGAACCAGCGUAGCUGUUCCACUUGGGCUUGCAGCACUUGUUGUUGGUGUUGCAGCAACUGCUUCUGUUGCUGUUGCUGUUGUUGGGCAUACUGCAGUUGCUGUCGCAUUUGUGACUGCUGCCCCUGGAGAAUGGACAGUUGCUGGUGUUGUUGGUUCCGGGUCCGAUCGUGAGUCCGUUCCUGCCCCUGUUUCAAUCCCCAAUGUUGAGGCUCCCCGGUCAGCAGGGCAGCUCGGGGUUCCUGGCGGAGGUCAUCCCAAGGGGGCUCGGGAUGAGGUCUUGUCGGUUCGGUCCCGUGCUGGCCAUCUUGCAGUCCCCAAUGUUGAGGCUCCCCGGUCAGCAGGGCAGGUGGGGACAACCGCUCUUGGUGGACGGUAGGAUAGAGGGGCGUUUUCAGGGCUAGGAAUUUAUUUUCCCCAGUCACUUCCGAG